UGGUGUCUAGAUGGAUUCCAUUCAAGUGCAUGUAGCCGGCCAAGAAGCACCAACAACUCAAGAAUCGAAGCCACGGCCGGCUCACGCCGCCAAGUCGCCGGUCGACAAGACGCUGUCCGGCGCGUCGGACCUGCUGAAGCUGCUGCCGACGGGCACGGUCCUAGCCUUCCAAGCUCUGGCGCCGUCCUUCACCAACCACGGCGUGUGCCACACGGCUAACCGCUACCUGGUCCUGGCGCUCAUCGGCGCGUGCAUCGUCUCCUGCGUGCUCCUCUCCUUCACGGACAGCAUCGUCGGCCCCGACGGCAAGCUCUACUACGGCCUGGCCACAUUCUGGGGCUUCUACCCUUUCAACUUCGCCGGCGGCGCCGCCCAACGGGGCGCCGUGUUCAAGGACCUGUCCCGGUUCCGGAUCACCGCGCUCGACUUCGUGCACGCCGUCUUCUCCGCGGUCGUGUUCCUGGCCGUGGCUGUCGCCGACGCCAGCAUACAGAGCUGCCUCUUCCCGGACUGCGGGGCAGACGUCAGAGAGCUGCUGGUGAACCUGCCGCUUGGGGCCGGUUUCCUGUCCAGCGUCGUCUUCAUGAUCUUCCCCACCACUAGGAAGAGCAUCGGCUAUACGGACAUGACACCCCACUCCCACUCGCAGUGAAGCUCGCUCUACCCAACGUACUAGUUUUCCAACCGAUGCAACUAGUCGACAAGAUGAAGCUAUAUCGAUCCGAAACAUGCAUGGAAACUCCUAAUGCAAACACGCAUGUACUGUAUGACCCAAUAUAUAUUGGUAUCCUAUAAGCCUAUAUAUGCUAAUGCUAGUCUAUUCUGAAAUUAUCACUGACAAUUAGCUUUUGGCUGGAUUUUGAGAAUUCCAACUCCUUGGUCAGUA